UGGCCCAAGGUCACCCAGCAGACGGGGCGGAGGAGGGAUCAGAACCCACGACCUCCGGCUCCCCAGCCCGGCCUCUCGCCGCCGCUUCUGCAAGCGACUCACCCCAGGACGACCAUGGCGGCCCUGCGGGCGGGGCUGUGCCCGGGCCUCACCGACCGCUCCGUCCGCCUCCUCAGGGAGCACGGCAUCAGGACGGUGGUGGACUUGGUGUCGGCCCGCCUGGAGGAGGUGUCCCGGAGGUGCGGCCUGUCCUACAAGGCCCUGGUGGCGGCGAGGCGCGUGCUGCUGGCCCAGUUCUCGGCCCUGCCCCUGAGCGGGGCGGACGUCUACGAGGAGCUGGCGGAGACCACCGCCAUCCUGCCCACGGGCCUCCCGGGCCUGGACCGGCUUCUGGACUCGGGCCUGUACACCGGAGAGGUGGCCGAGCUCACCGGAGCCCCCGGCAGCGGCAAGACGCAGGUGUGCCUGUGCGCGGCGGCCAGCGUGGCCCACGGCCUGGGCCGGAACGUCCUCUUCCUGGACUCGACGGGCGGCUUCACGGCCGCCCGGCUCCUCCAGCUGCUGCGGGCCCGGACCCGGGAUGAAGAGGAGCAGGCGGGGGCUCUGCGGCGGAUUCGGGUGGAGCGGUCGUUCGACGCCUUCGGGGUGCUGGACGCCCUCCAGGACCUGCGGGGCAGCUUCUCUCGGCAGCGCUCAGAACGGUGCUCUGCACGUAGUAAGCGCUUAACGGAUACAGACGUCGUUAUUGUAAGACAUACGGGGACGGGCGCCCCGGGCCCGGUGAAGAUGCUGGUGCUGGAUUCCGUCUCGGCCGUCAUCUCCCCGCUCCUGGGGGGCCGACAGAGCGAAGGUUUGGCCGUGAUGACGCAGCUGGCCCGGGAGCUGAAGACCCUGGCCCGGGAGUUCGGCCUGGCCGUGGUGGUGACCAACCACUUGACCAGAGACAGAGAGACGGGGCGGUCGCGGCCGGGGCUGGGCCGCUCCUGGAGCUUCGUGCCCAGCACCCGGGUGGUCCUGGAGGGGGCCGGUCCCCGGCGGACGGCCCGCCUCGCCAAGUCGCCGCGUCAGCCAACGGGCAUCCAGGAGGCGCUGGAUCUGGAGACCUGGGGGAGCCCGGCAACGAGCCCGUCGCCGGAGGGUUCCUGAAGGCCGGGGGGCGGAUCGCGCGGCCGCCCCCCCGAGGGCUCCGAUCGGGAGGGACCCGGGGGCCGCGGCGACCGGGGGGGUUCGGUUCCAGAAGGGCGAGCGGGAAGCCCGGGGGACUCGGUCCUCGCGGGCCGUCUUCCCCGGCCCCCGGCCCCCGGCCCCGAAACCGAGUCGGGAGGGGGACGGUGAAAGGGAUCUGGGGUCCCCCGGAUGGGUUUGGCCGGCGUCUCCGGGGCCUUCCCGCUGGGAUCGGGCCUCGGGGCCGGGUCCCCGGUGGAAAGCCGGAACGGUCCCGCGCUCCCGGGGUAGGAUCCCGCAGGAGGGAUGGCUAUGGGCCGCUCCUUGGCCGGGCGGGGGAGAUGCGCGGGCGUGCGUGGACGCGUCCGGGCCGGAAGCCAAGAACUGCGUCCCCCCCGUCCGUGGCGAAGAGGAAGCCGGGCACGAGAACCCCCCUCCCCGGGGCGGCCACCAGCUCCCUCCGCCGCCCUCCCCCCGCUGAGGGGGCGGGAUGGGGGGAGGGUCUCCUCCGGGACGCGCCGGUCCCGCCGAAAACAACGCUGCCGCGCCCCCCGAUCCUCACCGCCGUUUGGCGCCGACUCGGUCCCGCCGGCCGGGCCCCCGCCGACCUCUCCCAAGCGCGGCGGGCGUCCCGCGGGGCCCGCGGACCCAGUCGCCGCCGACCCUCGGCCCGAGUCGGGGUGCGGGAAGGUCCGGCCGGGGCCGGGGGUCCCGGCCGGUGUCCUCCGUCCCCCCGGCGCCCCGCCGGCCCCCAGGCGAGGGACCCCCUCGGACCCCAGACCGGCCCGCGGAGGGGGCAGAGACCCGUCCCCUGCACGGUCUCGUUUUUGGAAGCGAUCUGUGCCCCGGCGACGAGACCGCGCGCUCUCUGAACGGCGAUUAAACGCAAAUUUAAAGCCAA